AUGGCUAAUAUGGACGACCUUAAACUUUUGCCCGACGAUCAAGAAGCCAGGGAAUGGAUAUAUAAGGCUAAAGCAAAUGGUUUCAUGUUGUUUUAUGAUUGCAGUGAUUUUGAGCGUGUAGAGUUGGUUGAAAAUUCUGCUGACUCAAUAUUAAAAAAGGCUGUUUUAAGGCCAUUACAAAAAGUCGUAACUUUGUCAAAAUCUAAAUUUAAUACUCAGUUCUCAUUGAGGCAUGUACUUUUAGAGUUACAAAAGCUUCAUAAAGCCUCAGUUCAUGACAAUGUUUUGGGCUAUGUUGGUUUAACACAAGAGCCUAAUGCUAGUAAUAUUGUUACUGUGAUUUCAGAAUAUGCUGAUUAUAAUUUAAGAGAUUAUUUGAGUAGCAGUGACUUAUCAUGGAAUGAAAAAUUCAAACUUGCCAAACAAUUAACAAGUGGAUUAUAUUGUCUACAUCAAUAUGAUAUGUCAGACAACAUUGGUAUGAUCAAUGGUAGAAUAAGGCUCCACAAUUUUGGACGGUACAAAAAAAUAGAAGAAUCUAAAAAAACUUUGGCUCAAUAUUUUGAACAAAUACCCUAUUUAGAUCCUCAGCAUCUAAAGAACCCAAAAGAAUUCAUGAGAGAUGAAAUUAUAUCUGAUAUAUAUAGUUUAGGUGUGUUAUUUUGGGAGAUUUCAUCACAAAAAAUACCAUUUGAAGAAUUUUCUAAUGAGCCAUGUAAGUUAUGUUAUUUAAUUGUUUAUGAAAAUCAUCGUGAAAAUUCAGUUCCAGAUACUCCUAAAUUUUAUGAAGAUUUAUAUAAAGAAUGUUGGCAAUUUAACAGAGAUUCACGUCCUAAAACUGGGGAUGUUUGGGAAUGUUUUGGAAGCUUCUCAAGAAGAAGCUAA